AAAAACAUUAGAGUACAGUAAGAAUAAGUGCAUCAGUGAGUAAUCAUAAUCUGUUGUUUUUCACAUUCUCAUAUACUCAGUGAAUACUUAACUGCCAGUGUAUCCCUUUCCAGUGAAAAGAAAGCAUAAAUGAUCUCCUAUAAAACAUGCAAACUAUUGUCACCUCAUUCAACAGACAGGUCAUAUACUGUAUAUCAGUCAGACCUGAUACCAUGUCAUAUUGACUUAGCAGCACAAGCAGAAGCAAACAGCCCAGGUAUGUUUUCGCGUUGCUUUACUGGUUUGAUACCAUGUCUUGUAUAACUGCUUGUUGAACUGGGAAAGUAUUUUAUUUUUUGGGAAACUAAUUGGAACUCUCUUCAGAAGAAUUUGAAAGGCAAAGCAACCACUAAAUCUACGAUUUUAAAGUUAAAGUCUAUCUGGAAAUAUUUUCUUUUUUUUUUCUUUUCCCCCUAGGGUCUGGGUCACCUGUGACAAGUUUUUGCUUAACUUAUUAGGGGAUACAUUUUUCCAUCUUUGCCAUGAAGUGGAGUGCUAUUCAUCUCCUGACUUUCAUUGGGCUCACCUCUUGUGUUACAUCUGAACUCACAGGCCAAGGCCUAGAUAUUGCCUUCCUGAUGGAUGGAUCUGGGAGUGUGGGGGCAGACAACUUUAUUGUCAUGAAAACGUUUGUAAAAAAUUUGACCGCAAGUCUCCUGGAGUUUAAUACCUCUUUUGCCUUUGUACAGUACUCCUCUGGAACCACCAUCCACGUGAACUUUCAUCAGUUUCAGAGAACAGGAUGGGAAAAUCAGGUGGACAGUAUCAGCCAGAUAGGAAGCAACACAUAUACUGCAGGUGCUAUCCAGACAGUUGUGAAUGACUUGUUUGAUUCUUCUGCUGGAGCGAGACCUAAUGCCCAUAGAAUCCUCAUUGUCCUCACAGAUGGGCAAUCCUCGGAUACGUCAACCUAUCCCAGUGCCACAGCACUGGCUGACAGAAAAAAUAUAACUAGAUAUGCUAUUGGGAUUGGAAAUGUCUUUGACAGUCAGUCAGCAACAGAUGAACUUAGGAGUAUUGCAUCUUCACCAGAAUCAGACUACGUGUUUAAAGUGGACAGCUUUGAGGCACUGGACAAAAUCAUUAGCAGUCUGGUGAAAAGAAUCACGGUCAUAGAAGCCACAGUGAUGAGGAGGCAGAUUGUGAGAGUGGAACUGCAAGUUAACUUGACCUUUGACCUAAACAACACUGUGGUUCAGGAUGAAAUCCUAAAUCAGAUCAAACUGAAACUACAGGAGCAGGGGCUGCCAUCCAACACCAAACUGAGCUGGAUUAAGCAGCCUGAUGGACAGAUUUUCCACAAAAAGUACAAUGAGAAGAGCGUGAAAGAACAGAAGAAGAGCAAAGAUGAAUUUUGAACAGCUCUGCAAGAGAGUGGAAAGUGGAGUAUAUGAAUAUUACA